AUGCAUACUACCGACAAUGUUCAGUUGGAAAUGGAAGAACCAUUGACAAUACAAGUACAGAGUCCAGUAUCUACUAAACAAAAUACUGUCUGUUUGAGAUUUCGACGAUUCUUUACUCUUGAUGUUCUACCAAAUGAAAAGCAUUAUUACCCAGUGUUUAUUAUCAUUAUGUCUAUCAUACAUAUUUCCGUUCAUUUGACAACAUACAUCAACAUUCAAUGGAGAGAUCAAGAUUUUAAAGAUUCAUUAAAUGAUCUUUGGAUGUAUUAUAUACCAUGUAUGCGACCGACACCUUACGAUAUUCGUAUGCGUAUCGUCAAUUGCACAUCAGCGAUACAAAAUAUCACAUGUUAUUACGGUGACGAACUCAAACACAAGUGCUUCUCUUUUCUAUAUCCACAUCAGUUAUGGAGAAUGGUUACUGUUAAUCUAAUUCAUGCUCAUUGGUUACACUUACUAAUUAAUCUGUCAAAACAACUACUGUUGGGUAUUUUACUCGAACGUAAAUAUGGUUCAUUUCGAAUAGUUAUUGUCUACUGGCUUUCAAAUAUGGGUGGUAUUUUAUGUCUUAUGUUGGAAGAUAGUCGAAAAAGUGGUAUUGGAGCUUCCGGUGCGAUAUAUGGCCUGUUACUAUUUUUCACCGUAGAACGUCUUAAUGCAAUGAAAACAAAUAUCGAUCAUCGACUUUUAAUAGUGAUGCAAUUAAUCCUAUUUGUUGCAUUUCCUAUAAUCAUCAUCACGUCUGUUACGACUAUUCUCGACAUUAAUGUGGGACAUUCAGCUCAUUUUGGUGGUGGUUUGGUAGGUUUUCUGUUUGGUAUUGGUAUGUUUGGUUGUUCAUGUCCAUGUCUAUCGAAUAAUAACUAUUGUAACUGUCAUAUGGCAUGCCGAUGGACAGCAUUUAUUUUUCUUUCCAUCUACUUUGUUUUUACUUUCACUAUUUUUUUUCUAAUCGACGCUCAGUAUAUACCAUGGAUUUGGCCAGGAUCCUAG